CCACCGACUCCCGGCGGUGCCGGAAUCGGGUGGGUAGGCGGCUAUAAAGCUGGUGGCAGAGGGGAGGUGCCGCGUACUGCCUUUUCGCGGUUCGUACUCCUUUCUCCUGUCAUCACCCGGUCACGUUUGGUGCCCGAAGGAGGAAACAGUGACAGACCUGGAGACUGCAGUUCUCUGUCCUUCACACAGCUCUUUCACCAUGCCUGGGUCACUUCCUUUGAAUGCAGAAGCUUGCUGGCCAAAAGAUGUAGGAAUUGUUGCCCUUGAGAUAUAUUUUCCGUCUCAAUAUGUUGACCAAGCAGAGUUGGAAAAAUAUGAUGGUGUAGAUGCUGGAAAGUAUACCAUUGGCUUGGGCCAGGCCAAGAUGGGCUUCUGCACAGAUAGAGAAGAUAUCAACUCUCUUUGCAUGACUGUGGUUCAGAAUCUUAUGGAGAGAAAUAGCCUUUCCUAUGAUUGCAUUGGACGGCUAGAAGUUGGAACAGAGACAAUCAUCGACAAAUCAAAGUCAGUGAAGACUAACUUAAUGCAACUGUUUGAAGAAUCUGGGAAUACAGAUAUAGAAGGAAUAGAUACAACUAAUGCAUGCUAUGGUGGCACAGCUGCUGUUUUCAAUGCUGUUAACUGGAUUGAAUCCAGUUCUUGGGAUGGACGGUAUGCCCUGGUAGUUGCAGGAGAUAUUGCUGUAUACGCCACAGGAAAUGCUAGACCUACUGGCGGAGUUGGAGCUGUAGCUAUGCUAAUUGGGCCAAAUGCUCCUUUGAUUUUUGACCGAGGGCUUCGUGGGACACAUAUGCAACAUGCCUAUGACUUUUACAAGCCUGAUAUGCUUUCUGAAUAUCCUAUAGUAGAUGGAAAACUCUCCAUACAAUGCUACCUCAGUGCAUUAGACCGCUGCUAUUCUGUCUACCGCAAGAAGAUCCGUGCCCAGUGGCAGAAAGAGGGAAAUGAUAAAGAUUUUACCUUGAAUGAUUUUGGCUUCAUGAUCUUUCACUCACCAUAUUGUAAACUGGUUCAGAAAUCUCUAGCUCGGAUGCUGCUGAAUGACUUCCUUAAUGACCAGAACAGAGAUAAAAAUACUAUCUAUAGUGGCCUGGAAGCCUUUGGGGAUGUAAAAUUAGAAGAUACCUACUUUGAUAGAGAUGUGGAAAAGGCAUUUAUGAAGGCUAGUUCUGAACUCUUUAAUCAGAAGACAAAGGCAUCUUUGCUUGUAUCAAAUCAAAAUGGAAAUAUGUACACAUCUUCAGUCUAUGGUUCCCUUGCAUCCGUUCUCGCACAGUAUUCACCUCAGCAAUUGGCAGGAAAAAGGAUUGGAGUAUUCUCUUAUGGUUCUGGUUUGGCGGCCACUCUGUACUCUCUCAGAGUUACACAAGAUGCCACACCAGGAUCUGCUCUUGAUAAAAUAACAGCAAGUUUAUGUGAUCUUAAAUCAAGACUUGACUCAAGAACUUGUGUGGCGCCAGAUAUCUUUGCUGAAAACAUGAAGCUCAGAGAGGAUACUCAUCACUUGGUCAACUAUGUUCCCCAGGGUUUUUUAGAUUCACUUUUGGAAGGAACAUGGUACCUAGUUAGAGUGGAUGAAAAACACAGGAGAACUUAUGCUCGGCGUCCCUCUCCAAAUGAUGACACUUUGGAUGAAGGCGUAGGACUUGUGCAUUCAAACACGGCGACUGAGCAUAUUCCAAGCCCUGCUAAGAAAGUGCCAAGACUCCCUGCAACAGCAGCAGAACCUGAAGCUACUGUCAUCAGUAAUGGGGAACACUAAGACACUCUGCAAAAUGCAAGGCUUCGAUGUGGGUUUGAGGGUGGGGUGUGGGUAUGGUUGAAGGAAUGGUUUAUCUGGGGACAAUGUAAAAACAUUACACGUUGCUUAAAUUUUUAUGUGACUGACAUGAAGCCUGGAAAAUUACCGUGUUCUUGGAAAAGUUUCUUUGCUCAAUAUGCUUCCUGUUGUGGUCUAGCAAUGCUAAAUGUACUCGAAUGACGUCAAGGGCUUUGUAAAACUUCAUACCUCUUUGGCCACUUAUAUGCAUGAAGUUUAGUUUUUAAACAUGGUGUGAUGAAUCGUGUGCUUCUUGCAGAAGGAAGCAGAGGCACUCGUCUCCAGUUAAACCUUUCUUAAAUAUGUGAGAAUUUUAUACUUUAAAUGAACAAAAUUACUGAAAGUACCUGUGGUUUUUGAAAAAACUUUCUAGUUUGGGGAAUGUGGACUUAAAAUAUGUUAUACACAAAUCUUGUUUGAAAAUGGCAAAAACAAAUGUGUUCUUUUUCUAACAUUUAUAAUUCCUGAAGUGGAAGAAAAGACUUGGGACAAAGACACUGGUUCUGGAAUCUGGAAUGUUGCGUUAAGUUCGGGUCAGUAGUGACUGAGUGAUUUUAAUGACCUCUGCACAGAGGUGCUAGUCUUCAGCAGGAGUCUGGUAUAGAACCCGGUCUAGUUGGGAGCGAUGGAUAUACCUCUACACGUGCUCCCAAGUCAGCACAUGGCGGGUUAUGCUGAACGACAUGGAAAUAUGUUAUUAGAGGUGUGCAUGAGGAAAUUUGUUAUUGCAAUCCUUCUUUGUCUUUUUAUUUUUUAAAAAAUAAAUGAAACAUUUUUCUGGCUGCCUUUUUUUGAAAAAAAUAAAAUGGGAGGAAAUAUGGGGCAGGGCAUUAUUAGGUUACUUCUAAUGCUUCAGUGUUAUAAAGUCAACUCGUAGACUGACAACCUAAAUUUCUGGUGUGAGUUCUUUUCCUUUGUUUAUUUCUGUUCAGUGAAAAUAACAAAGAAUAACCCAAUUUUUACAUAGUCUGACUGGCCAAAAAGAAUAUUCCACUUCAAGGUCAAGAAGUAGGAUUUAUAAAGCAUUUCCUUGGACUUUUUCACCUUAAAGAAACAACAAACUACUAUCACAUGGGAUGAAUAAGAUUAGACAGUUUUGUAGAUCUUUUUGGUGCUGAACUAUGACAUGAGCCUUAUAGGUUGUAAAAUAGAGAUAGUUGGAACUAAUGUACAGAACUAAAUUUUUUAAACUUUAUUUUCUGUUAAAUUCUGUGAAGUUUCAGUUAUCUAAAAUAAACGUACACAAAUAUGAAAUGUAAUUGUUUCAGAUCGCAAGGUAAUAUGUAAUGUAGUGUUUGUAAAAUACUCUUAUCUAAUAUUAACUAGUAGUGUUUUGAUCUGUACAGUUAUAAUUUGUUAAAAUGACUUCAUUUUCACAUCACCAAUGUAGAUUAAUAACGUAAGUUCAGAUUUAAAUAAUGGUGGGAAAAUGGUGCAUGUAUUACUUUUUGCAAGUAUUGGGAGUUCGGUAUGUUUUGAAAAGAGUAAUUUAACUUUUGGGUGCCGGGAAAUGGGUUUUCUCAAAGUCCAUUGCAGGCAAUGGGCAGGCCUGGUAAUACUGGCACAGAAUAUUAACCAUACACCUUAUUAACGAUGAGGUGAAUAACUUUGAAAUAAAGUUUUAGAGAAAUAUUUCA